GAUCCUCUUAUUUAAUACGAAGAAAUCACAUCGUCAUCCAGCAGCUAAGUUUUUUAUUUCAUACUGAGGAUGAAAAAAAAAACAUUGCAAUUGAUUGAAACAGAGUCCCUCUGUAAUUUUGCCAUGGCUUGUCCACUGAUAAAUCUUCUCUUCUUCCUUUUAAUGUUUCUACCAUUUUCCACCCUAGCUCAAACUUCCAAAAACAUUUCUUUAGGCUCAUCCCUCACUGCACUAAAAGAUGGUGACUUAUCCUGGCCAUCACCAUCUGGUGAAUUUGCUUUCGGCUUUCGAGAAGUAGCAAAAGAUGGGUUCCUACUAGCCAUUUGGUUCGAUAAGAUACCAAAUCAAACUAUUGUCUGGUCAGCCAAUCGGGAUAAACUAGUGCCAAAGGGAUCCAAAGUGGAGCUUACGGCCGAUGGCGAGUUUAUUCUCAAUGAUGCAUCUGGCGAGCAAAUAUGGUCCGCUGAAUCUGCCGGUAGUGGAGUUGCCUAUGCAUCCAUGCUAAACACCGGAAAUUUUGUGCUGGUGAAUCGAAGUUCAUCCAAUGUGUGGGAAAGCUUUAGUCAUCCAACCGAUACAAUUCUACCCUCACAAACUCUAAAUCAGAAUGGCAUACUCUAUGCGCGCUACACGGCAACAAAUUACUCGACUGGUAGAUUCCUGUUUUCGCUAAAACCUGAUGGGAAUCUUGUACUUGCGACUACAAAGUUCCCACAAAAUACGCCCAAUGAAGAGUAUUGGUCGAUGGAAAAUCCAAAUAUUGGGUUUCAGGUCAUCUUCAACCAGUCUGGCCUUAUUUACGUCACAGCCAAGAAUGGAAGCUUACUCAGCACCAUAUCAUCCAAUAUGGUUUCAAUGAAAGAUUUUUACCAGAGAGCAACACUAGAGUAUAAUGGAGUAUUUAGGCACUAUGUUUACCCGAAAAACACCAGCUCGAGCUCUGGAAGAUGGAAUAUGACUUGGUCCACUUCCUCAUACGAACCUCCAAACAUCUGCACGUCGAUUAUGGAAUCUAGGGGCGGUGGUGCAUGUGGCUUUAACAGCUUUUGCACGAUUGAAGAUCAAGGACCGACUUGCCAGUGUCCAAAUGGUUACUCCUUUAUUGAUCCAGAGGAUGAGCGCAGAGGAUGCAAGCAAAACUUUGCUCCACAGAGUUGUGGUGAAACGUCAAAGGAGGAGACAGAUCUUUUCGAAUUUCAAGAGCUGAAAAACGCAAAUUGUUGGGGCGGAGACUACGCGCUUUUUGAGAGUGUAUCUGAGGAUUGGUGCCGACAAAAUUGCCUAGAUGAUUGUUUUUGUGCUGCGGCAGUUUACAACAGCGGUGGACAGUGUUGGAAGAAGAGACUCCCUUUCUCUAAUGGGGCAAUUGACCCCAGUAAUACUGGAAAAACUCUGAUAAAAGUUGGGAAACAAAAUUCGACUGUGAAAUGUGGUACCAACACAGAAAAGAAAGACCAUAAAACUUUGAUCCUUUUCGGAUCAGCCAUCCUGAGUGGCUCUGGGGUUCUAAACUUCCUCCUACCAUUGAUUACCUAUUUGGUUGUCUCGCGAUCCUAUUCGAGAAAAGCGAAGGUGAGUCAAACUCAUCCAGUCAUCUCUGGUGUGAAUUUGAAGCAUUUCACUUAUGAGGAGCUAAACAAUGCUACGAGCCAAUUCAAGGAAGAACUAGGACGCGGUGGUUCUGCAAUAGUUUUCAAAGGAGUUCUAGCCUCAGAUAAUGGGAAGAGCGUUGCUGUCAAAAGCUUAGACGCUAGGGUCGGAGAAAAUGAUUUGGAAUUCAAAGCGGAAGUAAGUGCUAUUGGCAGAACAAACCACAGAAAUUUAGUCCAGCUACUCGGAUUUUGUUACGAGGGAGAGCACCGAAUUCUUGUGUAUGAGUUUAUGAGCAACGGAUCUUUAGCAGGUGUCCUCUUUGGAGAGUCGAUGCCAAACUGGUACCAAAGGAGGCAAAUCGCCUUGGAAAUUGCAAGAGGGCUGUUGUAUUUGCACGAGGAAAGUAGCAGCCAAAUCAUACAUUGCGACAUCAAGCCUCAAAACAUUCUUCUUGAUGACUCUCUCACUGCAAAAAUUUCUGACUUCGGUUUAGCAAAGCUUUUGAGAAUCGACCAGACUCUAACCAUGACCAGAAUCAGGGGAACAAAAGGUUAUGUGGCCCCUGAAUGGUUCAAAAGGUUGCCUAUCACGGCCAAGGUUGAUAUUUACAGUUACGGAAUUCUGUUGUUAGAGAUUAUUUUCUGCAGGAAGCAUUUCGAGGCAGCGGCUGAGGAUGAAGGUCCAACGAUAUUAGCUGAUUGGGCGUACGAUUGCUAUAAGCAGAAUCAGCUGCACCAGCUAUUCAAGAAUAACGAUGAGGCAAUGCAUGACAUGAAGAUGGUGGAGAAGUAUGUGAUGAUUGCAAUAUGGUGCAUUCAGGAGGAUCCAUCGCUUAGACCUAACAUGAAGAAAGUCACAUUGAUGCUCGAAGGAACCGUCGAAGUCUCAGCUCCACCCGAUCCAUCUUCUUUCAUAAGUUCAAUACUUUAAGUUCUUCCAAUAAUAAUCCCAUUUCUUUUGUAUAUCAUAAGUUUGUGUAUUUUUCAUUUUCAAGUACUCUUUGCUCUUAACGUACUGUAUGGUAUUGAAUGUACAUAAUUCUCUUAAAAUAUCCGAAUAAAUAGAGGAAUUAUCAGUUGUAUAAAA